AUGGAGGCGGCGCCGCGGCGGAGCCCCGAGCCGCGGGAGAAGCCGCCGGUGCUGGACGGGGAGGCGGCGGGGGCGCCCGCGGGGGCGUCGGGCGCGGCCCCGGCCUCGCCGGCGGCGACGGAGCAGAUCGUGGCGGAGGGCGAGGCGGCGGCGGCGGGCACGUUCGUGCAGCGGCAGCUCGGGGCGAUGCUGCAGCCCGCCGUGAACAAGUUCUCGCUGCGCAUGUUCGGCAGCCACCGGGCCGUGGAGAUCGAGCGGCAACGGGUGAAGUCGGCGGGCGCCUGGAUUAUCCAUCCCUACAGCGACUUCAGGUUUUACUGGGACCUCAUCAUGCUGCUCCUGAUGGUGGGGAAUUUGAUCAUCCUGCCCGUGGGCAUCACCUUCUUCAAGGAUGAGAACACCCCUCCCUGGAUCGUUUUCAACGUGCUGUCGGACACUUUCUUCUUGGCUGACCUGGUGCUGAACUUCCGGACAGGCAUCGUGGUGGAGGACAACACGGAGAUCAUCCUCGACCCUCACACCAUCAAGAUGAAGUACUUGAAGAGCUGGUUCCUGGUGGACUUCAUCUCCUCCAUCCCUGUGGACUACAUUUUCCUCAUCGUCGACCUGGAGACCCAGGUGGACUCGGACGUCUACAAGACGGCGCGGGCGCUGCGCAUCGUGCGCUUCACCAAGAUCCUCAGCCUGCUGCGCCUGCUGCGCCUCUCGCGCCUCAUCCGCUACAUCCACCAGUGGGAGGAGAUCUUCCACAUGACGUACGACCUGGCCAGCGCCGUGGUGAGGAUCUUCAACCUCAUCGGCAUGAUGCUGCUGCUGUGCCACUGGGACGGCUGCCUCCAGUUCCUGGUGCCCAUGCUGCAGGACUUCCCCGAGGACUGCUGGGUCUCCAAGAACCGCAUGGUGAACGACUCGUGGGGCAAGCAGUACUCGCACGCCCUGUUCAAGGCCAUGAGCCACAUGCUGUGCAUCGGCUACGGGCAGCAGGCGCCCGAGGGCAUGACCGACGUGUGGCUCACCAUGCUCAGCAUGAUCGUGGGGGCCACCUGCUACGCCAUGUUCAUCGGCCACGCCACCGCCCUCAUCCAGUCGCUGGACUCGUCCCGCCGCCAGUACCAGGAGAAGUACAAGCAAGUGGAGCAGUACAUGUCAUUCCACAAGCUGCCCGGGGACACGCGCCAGCGCAUCCACGAGUACUACGAGCACCGCUACCAGGGCAAGAUGUUCGAUGAGGAGAACAUCCUGGGGGAGCUCAGCGAGCCCCUCAAAGAGGAAAUCAUCAACUUCAACUGCCGCAACCUGGUGGCCAACAUGCCCCUGUUUGCCAACGCCGACCCCAACUUUGUGACGGCCAUGCUGACCAAGCUGCGCUUCGAGGUCUUCCAGCCCGGCGACUUCAUCAUCCGCGAGGGCACCGUGGGCAAAAAGAUGUACUUCAUCCAGCACGGCGUGGUCAGCAUCCUCACCAAGGGCAACAAGGAGACCAAGCUGUCUGAUGGCUCCUACUUUGGGGAGAUCUGCCUGCUGACGCGGGGCAGGCGCACGGCCAGCGUCAGAGCCGACACCUACUGCCGCCUCUACUCCCUGGCCGUGGACAACUUCAACGAGGUGCUGGAGGAGUACCCCAUGAUGAGGAGAGCCUUCGAGACCGUGGCCAUGGACCGCCUGGACCGCAUAGGCAAGAAGAACUCCAUCCUGCUCCGCAAGCGAGCCGAGCACAGCUCGGGGCCCCUGAACACCGAGAUGAUCCAGCAGAUCGUGAAGCACGACCAGGACAUGGCCCACAACAUCCAGGACCUGCAGCAGAUGGCGAUGGGCCGGGAGCUGAGCGGCAAGCCGGUGAUUUGGGAGCCCCUGGUGCACGCACCCCUGCAGACGGCCGCCGCCACCACCAACGUGGCCAUCGCGCUGACCCACCAGCACAGCCUGCAGGCUCACAUCUUCCUGCCGCCCUCCUCCAUCUCCAGCCCGCUCUCUCCCGAGGCCACGCUGCUCGCCAAGCCCGUGCGCCGCUCCCAGCCCAGCCUGGGCGGCUCCCGGCCCUCGUCGGUCGGCUCGCCCUCGGGGGCUCCGUCCCACCUGCAGACGCCGGCCGCCGGUUCGCCUUCCUCGCCCAUGGUCCAGCCCCAGGUACCGCUGGAGAGCGGCGGGGCCCAGAGACCCAGCUCGGGGGCUCAGCCGCUUCCCCGCUCGGCGCAGAGGGCGGAGGUGGCAGCGGGGCCCAAGCAGCCCCCGGGCGCCCCCAGCCCCAGCUCUCCCCGCUCCCGCGGCGCCUCGGUGUCCACCUCGCUGCUGCAGCAAGCGGCGGGCGCCGCGUCCCCCAGCUCCGAGCAGGCGCUGCCGCCGGGGAGAACGCUGCACUACAGCCUGUCCCGAGCCACCGGCUCGCACAUCUCGCUCCUGAUGCAUCCCCAGCAGCUGGUGAAGCACAGGAGCAUCCAGGGGCUGCCGGUGGGGCGGCUCACGCAGGAUGUCCGGCUCCUUUCCGCCUCGCAGCCUUCCCUGCCCAACAAAGUGGCGCAGCAAGGCGACGGCAGCUCCUUGAAGCAGGGCAGGAAAUCUGCGGGGAACCUGGCCCGCAGGUCCUCGCCCUCGGUGGCCGGACUGCUGGCCAAGCCGUGCUCGGGGGUGGCGGCGCACUCGCAGCCCCCGGGGCCGCUGCCUCAGCCCGGCCGCUCCGCGCCGCAGUCGCCGGGCCCCGCGUCCCGGCCGGCGGCCGCUCCCUCCCGCAAAGGCUCCGUGGCCUUCAGCCCCGAGGUGGAAACGGCGAAGCCCAAACUCCCGUCCAACAUGUGAGUCGUGUUGGCGGCCGCACGGGCAGGAAGGGAGCCGGGAGAAGCAGAGCACCAGCCCCGCCGGCUCGGAGGGGAAAUGAGGUGAGAGGCAGCAGCCGGGGCCGUGGAGGGGCUGGUUCAGGCACGGGGAGGCGGCAGGGAUGGGCAUGGGGCCGGCUGGAUGAGGAGGGGGCUCUGCUGACUGCCCCUCCUUGCUCAUCACCAUCUGGGAGUUCUGCCCUCCUGCCGGAGGCAUAGGGCAGGUCAGAUUGCCCCAAACUCUGGCCUCUCUGGGGAGCUCAGCUCCCCAAAACUGCCCCUCGGGGGGCUGGGCCCCCCCACGCUCCGUGCCGUGUGUCCCACAGCCUGUCCUCGGGGCCAGGCUGACGAUGGCAGCUCCUCCAGCUUGUCCUCUGUCACAGCAGGGGCUGCCCGAUGCCCACCUCGGUCCCCAGACUGCUCUGCCCAGCCCCUGCCCAGCCCCUUUGCCUUCAGGGCGAGGAGGCAGAGGCGCCCCCUGGUUGCUCUGCCAGGGUGGAGGGAGGAGGCUGGAGCCCAUGGCAGGGGCGUGGGGGCCCAGGGGCGGCGCUCCCCCUUCCCAGAGUGCCAGGACCACCUGGGGGUCCUGGGCAGGGCUCCCCUGGUGUGACGAGUGCCAAGGGGCAGCGCCCCAGUCCCUCUCCCCUGCUGGUGGGACCGUUCUGCCUCAGAGGUGCUGAGUGCCAGCGAGGUUGGGGUGUGCUGCUGGGCAGGGCUCUGCCCCACACCCGGGCACUGAAUGGGGGCAGCCUGGGGGGGAUUCUGCUGCCUGCAGCUCCAGGAGGAUGCUCAGAGGGUCAGUCCAAGGGGGAACCCUCCUGUGGGUCCAGGAGGAUGUCCAGGUCAUCUGGGAUGACCCUUCUGUGGCUCUAGGAGGAUGCUCAGAGGGCCAGUCCAAGGGGAACCAGGUCAUGUCCAGGUCAUCUGGGAUGACCUCUCUGUAGCCUCAGGAAGAUGCUCAGAGGGUCAGUUCAGAGGGCCCCUCUGUGAGCCUGGGAUGAUGUCCAGAAGAUCAGCUGGGGAUGACCCUCCUGUGGCUGCAGGAGGAUGCUCAGAGGGUCAGUCCCAGGGGAACCCUCUGUGGUUCCAGGAAGAUGCUCAGAGGGUCAGUCCAAGGGGAACCCUCUGUGGCUCCAGGAGGAUGUCCAGGUCAUCUGGGAUGACCCUUCUGUGGCUCUAGGAGGAUGCUCAGAGGGUCAGUCCAAGGGGAACCCUCUGUGGGUCCAGGAGGAUGUCCAGGCCAUCUGGCAUGACCCUUCUGUGGCUCUAGGAGGAUGCUCAGAGGGUCAGUCCAAGGGGAACCCUCUGUGGGUCCAGGAGGAUGUCCAGGUCAUCUGGGAUGAACCUUCUGUGGUUCCAAGAGGAUGCUAAGAGGGUCAGUCCAAGGGGAACCCUCUGUGGGUCCAGGAGGAUGUCCAGGUCAUCUGGGAUGACCCUUCUGUGGCUCCAGGAGGAUGCUCAGAGGGUCACCUGCAGGGCCCCCACUGCCUGUGGCUGCAGGAGGAUGCCCAGCCCGGGCUCUGCUCCCCUGCCCUGCCCUGUCCCCUGGAGAUGCCACUCACCGGUGCCACAGGAGCUGUCACAAAGAGAUGCCAAUCCCUGCGUGACAUGUGGGGGCUGUGGGGUCACCCCCCCCCCAUCCAACAGAUGUCCCAAAUCCCCCCUCCCCGGAGACAGUAGUGUGCAAUGUGUGUGCGAGUCGUGGCUCUGCCAAGCAGCCCAGCUCUGCUUCCAGCGUCGCUUCGGGCCAGCCGUGUUCAGUCCUGGUUAGAGUAGUGUCCCCUCCGUCCCCACCGCGCUGUGCCAGCUGCUUCCCCCUCCCGGAGUCAGGAACCGUGGCUUGUCUUCGGGCGAGGUCUCGUUCCCCUCGGUAAUUCCCCAAGUGAGAGAUCCCCUUCUCCACCCUCGCGGUUCGGGGAGAGCACUCCGGAGCGCGGGGCUGCUCUGGGAGCACCAGCCCAGCAGGAAUCCCGGCAGGGGAUGUCCUACACUGCCUUUUUUCCCCUCUCUCCAUGGAUUUCAAUCCCCCUGCCCUGCUCACAUCCCGCUCCAUCCCCGCGCUCCGCCGGGCGGGCGGGGAAGCUGCAGCGGGGCCGCGCUGUCCCGGAUCGCCCGGGCUGUGCUCACAGUGCGCGAUGUUCCAUGUCUCAGCGCUCCUGGCACCGCCGCCCCGGGCACCUCGUGGCCCGGUGCCCACCCCGGGGGAGGCUGGAGGGGCUGGGGGCGCGAGUUUAGCCACCAAAGACCAUGACCCUUCCACUCUUGCACUCAUGGCAGUCCACGUACAGAGCUUGUAGUUUUCAUAUUCGCAGAGAAAUUUAAGAGCAGGUUUUGUUUUUUUGGUUUUUUUUUUUUUUUUUUUUUAAUUAUUAUUUGGUCGUUGUACAUAAUGGGUUUAAAUAAUAAAGAGAGA